AUGGAACCUCUUGAAGAUGACUUCCAGCUUUCCAAUCCGGUACCUCCGAUCUACUAUACACAAAUACCUCCGACAGAAAUUACGAGUACGGAUACCCCAAAUGAUAACCUUCGCCAAGCGAGUUAUCUCGCCAAUCGAUGCGGAAACCUAGCGGCUCGUUAUCAACAGACGAAACAACUCGAUCACCUCGAGAAGGCAGCGGAGAUGGCAAAACAGUCGCUAGAUAUAAUUGUCACCGUUUUCCCAGAUUCAUCGAGUUCUAUCGACCGACCGAGAGUGUUGAUUGGCAGAGCAGUUGAAUGGUCUCCCAACAUUGGGAUAUUGAUGGAAGCAGCUCGAAUCCUUGUCUUCAGCACAGAAACGUCGGGAGAGCGAUUCAGUCAUCUUGGAUCACUGCUUUCUGUGAUAAGCGAUAGGUUGGAAUUGAGGUUUGGACAGACCGGGAGGAUUGAAGAUAUUCAGGAUGCAGUUGGGUGUUUGGAAAUGGCAUUACAAAUGCACAGUGAUGAUCCAUGGCAGAGACAAAUUCAUCUGGCAUCUUUGCUGGAUACCAGGUCCUCUUUGACGGGUAAUGUCGAGGAUCUGAACGCUUCCAUUGAAAUGACUGAAUUGGUUUUGGCGACAAUCCCCAAGAACCACGGGGAUUUAGUAAUAACUAUACUAAAUCUGGGCGAUAGAUUCGAACGACGGUUUAUUCAGAGCCAACACACGCAUGAUCUCGAUGAAGCUAUUCGCAGGACGAAUGAUGCGAGGGAUGCAACAAUUCCGGGUGAUGAAAGCGUGGGGAUAAUAUUGUGCAGCAUCUCCGGCAAAAUGGAAAAGCGAUACACCCAAACAGGCAGUCACGACGACUUGCACAAAAGCAUUGAAUUUGCGAAGGAGGCAACCGCCGUGACUCCCAGAGAUAAUCCCAACUACUGGCGGACGCUCCGUGCUUUAGGGUCUAGGCUCCAGACACUGUACGAAAUUUCCAAUUCUCUUGAAGAACUAGAUUCUGCCAUUCAGGUAACCUACGAAUCUGCCAUGGGCAGUUCGGUACAACAGAUGGACAGACCCGAGCUCCUGAAAGAAUAUAGUACGAGGCUUCUUAUUCGUUUCAACGAGAUCAGCGAUCUAAACGACCUCAGAAAGGCUACUAGCAAAGUCAAGGAGGCUCUCAACAUAAUUCCAGAGGAUCAUCCGGAUCGCUCCAACUUUCUUCACUUACUUGGAACCUGCUAUCACUUACUUCCAGAGGCAUGCAAUAGUAAUGCCUCUUUAGAUUGCUUCUUGGAAACGAUUGCCUGUCAAAGCAGUCAACCCUCGAUUCGCCUGUUAGCAGCGAUUGAUGCUUUCCAUAUUCUACGACAAUCACAAGACUGGACUAGAGCAAGUGAUGUGUCGAAACAAGGAAUUGAUCUCGUUCCAUUCCUGGAUAGCCAUAAUACACAGGAUGCAAUUGAACAAAAAGUCACUACUUACCUCUCUGAUUUCAUCGCCGAUGCCUGCUCUGUCCAGCUCGAAAACGGCUCUACACCUGAAACCACACUUGAACUUCUCGAACUCGGCUAUGGAAGUAUUACAGCCUUGCAGGCCAAGGAUACAGCGGAUCUGGCCGAGUUAAGGGUCUGGUACCCUGAGAUAACUUCUACAUUCAUCGCUCUGCGCAGAGAAAUCAACCAGCAGAUUCCGCAUAGCCGCCUACCGCACAUCCAGCAGGGGCUCAUUAGGCGUCGUCUAGCUGUUUCCCAAGAGUUGGAUGAUUGCAUUUCCACCAUCCGACAAUUACCGAGCCAUGAUCGGUUUCUAUUAGGUCUUACCGCCGGCGAACUUCAGCAUUUCGCCGGGGAAUCAGUUAUAAUUAUUGUCAACAUCACCGAAAUACGAAGUGAUGCUAUUAUUGUCUCGAAGUCAGGCGUCUCAAACGUGCCGUUGCGCAAAGUAGAUGUUGACAUUGUCCAGAAACGGAGUCAACAUGGUCUAUUUUGUGAUGAACAGACAACGGUACCCCUUGACCAAACUUCACUUUCGGGUUCUUUUCUCAGAUGGCUAUCACGCACUUGCAUCAAGCCGAUUCUAGAAGCGAUGGGUCUUCUAUCAACCACUGCAUCUCCGAGACUACCUGAACUCCAUUGGAUUGGUGUUGGCCUGGCCCGUGAUUUACCCUUUCAAGCCGCCACAGAAAUUUAUGCUGCCAGAUACCCUUAA